AUGGAAACACGUAAGAUAGGAAAAAGGAGACUCCCCUUGGGAUUUCGAAAACGAUAUCGACGAUUUUAUAUAAUAAAAUAUUUAAAUAAAAAGUUUUUGGAAAAUAAAAAAAGAAAUGAAAAAGAAGAUGAAAUUGAUAGUGAUGAGACAAGUGAUAGUUCUAGUGAUACAACUGGACCUGUAAGUUUUGAAGACUUAGGUGUUGAUGAUUGGCUAAUAAAAAUAAGUAAAAGUGUUCAAAUAUUAAAACCAACAAAAAUUCAAAAUUUAUGUUUACCUUUAAUAAUUGAAGGGAAAAAUGUUAUAGGAUCUUCUGAAACAGGUACAGGUAAAACUAUUUGUUAUUGUUGGGGUAUGUUACAAGAAUUAAAUAAAAAUUUUUAUGGAAUUUUUGGAUUAAUAUUAUUACCAACACGUGAAUUAGUUUUUCAAAUAGUAGAGCAAUUUCAAUUAUAUGGAAAUAAAAUAGGAGUAAAAAUAUUAUCAUGUAUUGGUGGGUUUUCUUUAAUUGAUCAGAGAAGAAGUAUAUUAAGCAAACCACAUAUAGUUGUUGGUACUCCAGGUAGAGUUAGUGAUAUAAUAGAUGAUUGUAUAGAUGUAAAGAAUUGUUUUAAAAGAUUAAAAUUUUUAGUAUUAGAUGAAGCAGAUUUACUUUUACAAAAAAGUUUUGAAGAAAAAUUAAAAAUUAUUUUAAAUAAUAUACCUAAAGAUGUAUUUGGUGAACCACGACGAACUUUAUUUUUUAGUUCAACGAUCACAGAUUCAAUAAAUUUAUUAACUAAGGCAUUUCCUAAUGAUAAAUUAGUUUUAGUAAAUGCAAAUAAAAAACAAAAGCCAGUUAAAAAUUUAGAUCAAAGAUAUAUAUAUAUAGAUACAAUAGCACAAAUGACUUAUUUAGUAUAUAUAUUAAAAAAUAAAUUAGCAGAUUUAUCAGGAAUUAUAUUUACAGCAAAUAGUUAUAAAUGUGAACUUAUAUAUACUGUACUAAAUGAGUUAGGUAGCUUUUCCAUAGAGUCUAUACAUUCAUCUAAAGAUCAAAGAAAACGUAUGUCAUCUUUAUUAAAAUUUAAAAAUGGAUUAUGUAAAAUUUUAGUAGCUACAGAUAUUAUAAGUAGAGGUAUUGAUAUUCCUAAAGUUGCAUUUGUAAUUAAUUUUGAUUUCCCUAAUGAUACUAUUCAAUAUAUUCAUAGAGUAGGUAGAACUGCUAGAGCUAACAGAAAAGGUAUAUCUAUAUCCUUUGUUGAUAAAAAGGAUUUAAAAUCAUUUAAUAAUGUUAAAUUAAUUAUGAAACAAAAACUAAAACCAUAUAUUUUAAAUAAAAAUGAAGUUUUAAGUGAUAUGCUCAAAAUUGGAAAAGUUGUAAAAAAAGCAGAGAUGAUGCUUCAAGAGAAAAAAGAUAUUAAAAAGGAGAACGAAGAUUUGAAAAAUUCUAUUUAUCUCAAUGAAUAA